UACACAUGUGUAGCCAACAGUUUCAUUCCGGAAGAAGCAUACCGGCGGACUUUCACGUUCUUCCCCGGAAGUGUAACGCUUCUACGUUUCGGAGACACAGCACUGGAAACGAUGAGUGGGGAUUCAGACGGUAAUAAAGAGUUUCAUGAGCAGCUCCGUUUGCAGCAGCUGUAUGGACAGAGGCGAGAGGUUGGAGAAGAUCCGUAUACAUACGUCGACCCAGAAGACGGCACGGAGUACGACUGGGACCAUGAAAAGAGAGCAUGGUUUCCAAAGGUAAAUGAUGAUUUCAUCGCAGCAUAUCAAGCAAACUAUGGCUUCAAUGAGGAAGGGGCCCCUGAUCCAAGUGCUGCGGUUCCUGUCACCGACUUUCUCCCUGCCAAAGGAGGAGCUCCAGAGGAGCCCAAGAAACCAGAAGAACCCAAGAAACUGGAGGAGAGCUCAGACCAGGAAAAAACUAAGGAGGGAGCUCAGAAAGGAGAGAAAAGGAAAGCAGAUCCAGGAUGGUUUGAAGUUGAAAAAGACAAAAACACCAAUGUUUAUGUGACAGGUCUUCCUCCGGACAUAACUCCUGAUGAGUUUGUGGAGUUCAUGUCCAAAUGUGGACUUAUCAUGCGUGAUCCUAUCACAGAAGACUAUAAAAUCAAGCUCUAUAAGGACAAGGAUGGAAACCAAAAAGGAGAUGGACUUUGCUGCUACCUGAAGAAAGAGUCUGUGGCUCUUGCCGUGCGGCUUUUGGAUGAGACAGAGAUUCGGGGCUACCAGCUGCAUGUGGAGGCAGCGCGAUUCGAGCUCAAAGGACAAUAUGAUGCCAGCAAGAAGAAGAAAAAGAACAAAGAAUACCGUAAAAAGCUCCAGCAGCAACAAAAGCAGCUGGACUGGAGGCCAGAGAAAGCUGGGGAAACUCGCAAAAGGCAUGAAAAAGUCAUCAUCAUCCAAAACAUGUUUCAUCCCAGUGACUUUGAGGAGGAUCCCUUGGUUCUGAAUGAGUACAGAGAUGAUCUCCGGACAGAAUGUGAGAAAUUUGGGCAAGUGAAGAAGGUCAUCAUCUUCGAUAGGCACCCUGAUGGAGUGGCAUCUGUGGCUUUUAAAGAACCUGAAGAGGCGGACGCGUGUCAGAUGGCUCUGAAUGGACGCUGGUUUGGUGGGAGGAAACUAUCAGCACAGCUGUGGGAUGGUGUAACUGACUACCAGGUUGAGGAAACCUCCCGAGAACGAGAAGAGAGACUGAAAGCCUGGGGUUCUUUCUUAAGUGACGAGAGUGCGUCUGCCAAAGCUAAAGCGGACGCUUCAAAAGCAGCUGAACAACAAAAUUCCAGCACACAAGAAGCAGCAGAUCAGACUCGACUGGAGGAACAUGCAAACGAAAGCGCUGCAAAACCACAGGAGGAGAAAGAUGAGGAGGAGGAGGAUGAAGAGGAAGGAGGAGUAGCGUCGACCGAUAGCAGUUUAGCAGGAAGUGAUAAUGAGGAUGCGUAGAUGUUGAGAGAAAAGACGACUUAUUUAAUGUCUCUUGCUAAAACAUCUUCAUUCUAAUAUACAGUGUUUCCUUUUAAUUGUUUAUUCCCAUGACAUGUCUGCAUUUCACCAUAUCUGAAUAUGGACACUAAUUGAAAUUUGACUGAAGAUAGUCACUUUGUGCUUUAUGCUAAUGUGUGUCAUUGAAUCAAUUUGAACAUCUGUUAAUAGUUUUAUAGUAAAAAAAAAUAUAUUUUG